AUGCCUGUAGGAGACAGUGACGAACUCCGCGUGACGGGUCUUGACCCAGCGCUCAUCGACCGUUCAGGCGAUCCUGGACGCACAAAGCCAGAGUUCCACGAGACUGGCGCUCCGGCCUACCAGUUUUCUGAGGGCAAGGCUGGCCUCCAGGACACCUAUGUCAGCGACUCGGACAGCACCGCUGAUUUCCCCACCGACGAGGAGCUCAAGACGCUCCGUCGUGUCCCUGCCUCGAUCCCAUGGAGAAUCUACACCAUUGCUUUCGUUGAGCUCGUUGAGCGCAUGUCCUACUACGGAACCGUUGCCGUCUACUCCAACUUCAUCUCGAAGCCCAGACCAACAGCUACCGGUGCUGCGCUGCACCCCGACGAUGCUGAGGCCGUUCCCGGUGCCCUCGGUAUGGGAAAAGCAGGUUGCUUUCUCGCUCACCACCUUCAACGCUUUCUGGGGUCUACGUCUGCCCCCUCUUCGGAGCCUGGAUUGCCCGACACCUAUCUCGGUCGCUUCAAGACUAUCCUGUACUCGGGUCAUUGUUGCUGA